AUGUGGUCUGGUUUUUCACGUCAUUUUCUUUAUGGUUAUAAGGCAAAAUUUAGUUAUACAGGAGUUCAAACAGCAAUGCUUACAAUAUCGACGUUUACUUCUUUUUCAUCGGUUCUUCUUUAUUAUCAUAUCUAUGGUAAUUCUAUUAAGGCAAUGACUCCUGAGGAGCAUGGUUUACAUCCACCGAAAUAUCCUUGGCCACAUAAAGGCUUCCUUUCCUCUUAUGAUCAUAAAAGUCUUCGGAGAGGAUAUCAAGUUUAUAAGGAAGUAUGUUCUGCAUGUCAUUCUUUAAAUCUUGUUGCAUGGAGAAAUCUUGUUGGAGUUACUCAUACUCUUGAUGAAGUAAAAGCUAUGGCUGAAGAAUAUGAAUAUGAAGAUGGUCCAGAUGAAAGUGGUAAUAUGUUUAUGCGUCCAGGAAAGUUAUUUGAUUAUAUGCCAAAACCUUAUCCUAAUGAAGAGGCUGCUCGUGCGGCAAAUGCUGGUGCAUUUCCUCCUGAUCUUUCUCUUAUUAUUAAAGCUCGUCAUGGAGGUUGUGAUUAUGUUUUUUCUCUCCUUACAGGUUAUGUGGAUCCUCCUGCUGGUGUUGUUCUUUCUGAUGGUAUGAAUUAUAAUCCUUAUUUUCCUAACGGUCAAAUUGCUAUGGCAAGAUUACUUUAUGAUGGCUUAAUUGAGUAUGAAGACGGAACUCCUGCAACUACUUCUCAGAUGGCAAAAGAUGUCGUAUCUUUUCUAAAUUGGGCAGCAGAGCCUGAACAUGAUGAUCGUAAGCGUAUGGGUUUUCAAACAUUGAUUAUUUUGAGUACUUUGUUUGCAUUGAAUUUAUGGGUUAAGCGAUUUAAGUGGGCACCUAUUAAAACAAGAAAAAUUGUAUACAAUCGACCACAAUAGAUAAACUGUUCAUUUAAGUUGAUCAUAUGUUUUUUAUUUUUUUAUUUUAAUAAAUUUUAAA